UGAGAGAAUAGAAAAGAUUAUUGGAUCUGAAGACUCAUUUCCUUUCCAUUCUUUCCGUUUCCACUCCACUCCGCUCCAACGAAGAUAAAGAGAUUUCGCAACGAAGCUCUCUCUUCUCUCUCCAUCAGAUCUCUGAUACGAAGAAGAGAAUAAUAACUAGCACAAGAGGGAGAGAGACAGAGAGAGAGAGACAGAGAGAGAGUGAGAUCUAUCUUCUAUAUCCCUUACUCCUGUAUAUCAUUCAUAACAUACGAUGAAGAGUAAAGACUCCAAGCCGGGGGCCUACCUUAAUAAAAGUUCCAGAAUCGUUCCGAUGACUUUAAUGUUUAUUGUACUAUGCGGAUUUUCAUUCUACCUCGGCGGGAUCUAUUGUUCUGAAAAGGACGGAUUCUUGAAGAAGGAUGUAACACCACAAGUUCAACCUCACAGGUCUACCUCAGUAGCUCCUCUUCAAAUCAAGUCUGUCACAUUCCCUGAGUGUAGCAGCGAUUAUCAAGAUUACACACCAUGUACAGACCCUAAGAGGUGGAGGAAAUAUGGUAAUUACAGGCUUACUUUCAUGGAGCGUCAUUGUCCACCAAUGCUUGAAAGAAAAGAAUGCUUAGUGCCUCCUCCUGAUGGGUACAAGAUACCAAUCAGAUGGCCAAAUAGCAAAAAUGAGUGUUGGUACAGGAAUGUUCCCUAUGAUUGGAUAAACAAUGAGAAAUCGAAUCAGCACUGGCUGAGGAAAGAAGGCGAAAAGUUCAUUUUCCCUGGUGGUGGUACUAUGUUUCCAAAUGGAGUUGGUGCCUAUGUCGAUCUGAUGCAAAAUCUAGUACCUGGAAUGAAGGAUGGGACCGUUCGAACUGCUAUUGAUACCGGAUGCGGAGUAGCUAGCUGGGGGGGUGACCUGUUAGAUCGUGGAAUUUUGACUGUUUCUCUUGCCCCCAGAGACAAUCAUGAGGCUCAAGUUCAAUUUGCACUUGAACGUGGCAUUCCAGCAAUUCUAGGCAUUAUCUCCACUCAGCGUCUUCCUUUCCCGUCAAGUUCAUUUGAUAUGGCGCACUGCUCUAGAUGUCUUAUCCCGUGGACAGAAUUUGGUGGAAUUUACCUGCUAGAAAUACACCGAAUCCUACGGCCUGGUGGCUUUUGGGUGCUCUCUGGACCGCCAGUAAACUAUGAAAACCGAUGGCGUGGUUGGAACACCACAGCAGAAGAACAAAAGGCUGAUUUCGACAAAUUAAAAAAAUUACUAACCAGCAUGUGCUUCAAACUCUACACAAAAAAGGACGACAUAGCGGUGUGGCAAAAAGCCACCGAUAACAGCUGCUAUGAUAAGCUCACUCCCUCUUCUUACCCUCCAAAGUGUGAUGACAGCUUGGAUCCUGACUCUGCAUGGUACACUCCAAUGCGCUCUUGCUUAGCCAUCCCAAAUCCUAAAUUCAAGAAAUUGGCCGUAAAAUCUACACCCAAAUGGCCCGAUCGGUUGCAUAUUGCUCCGGAGAGAGUUUCCGUGGUACCAGGUGGGAAUUCUGGUGGAUUUAAGCACGACGAUAGUAAAUGGAAGGUGCGGGUGAAACACUACAAGUCCUUGCUCCCUGCUCUUUGGAGUGAUAAGAUCCGAAAUGUUAUGGAUAUGAACACAUUGUACGGAGGAUUUGCAGCGGCACUCAUCAAAGAUCCUGUAUGGGUUAUGAAUGUCGUCUCUUCAUAUGGAUCGAAUUCGCUCGGCGUGGUCUAUGACAGGGGAUUAAUUGGGACCUACCAUGAUUGGUGUGAGGCAUUCUCAACGUACCCACGCACGUAUGAUCUCUUGCAUCUCGAUGGUUUGUUCACUGCUGAAAGUCACAGAUGUGAGAUGAAAUAUGUGCUCCUUGAGAUGGAUCGAAUCCUACGUCCCAAUGGCUAUGCGAUAAUCCGUGAAUCCAGCUACUUCAUCGACUCUAUAGCAACCAUCGCCAAAGGAAUGAGAUGGGGUUGCCAGAAGCAAGACACCGAAUACAAUGUAGAUAAGGAGAAAUUGUUAAUAUGUCAGAAGAAGCUUUGGUAUGCAAAGCACAGCGACCAAUGAGAACGCAAGGCCCAACUAUGAAGGUUUCUAGAAUCCUCUCGAAGAAGUAUAGGAGUCAAAGACUAUUGGUAUUCUUGGAAUAGAGACAUUCAAUUUGGCAAAGGAAAACGGUUGCUCAUAAACCCCACAAUAUUUUUCGUAAAUUACAGGGUUCUUUUAGAUUGUGGUUACAUAUAUUCUUUACCGGAUUACAUCAGCAAGAUGAAAUUAAUUUUGUUUUUAUAUGUUUUUGUGUAGUUUCAGUCGUAUUUGUGGUCUCAAUAAGUGAAGUAUCACAGUUAAAGAGCAGGAUGUAUUUUUAGAUAAUAUCAGGUGUUAUUAUUGAUGUUAUAUAUAUCCGGCAUAAGUUUUUUUUCUUU